AGUGAAAAGUGGCCGUUUCUCAACAUCUAUUAAAACUUGGGAACUUCCAUUUCGGUGAAAAAAAAAGCAUAGGAAAUUGUCUCAUGGUAACAAGAAGCACAUUUCACUAUCAUGGCUGAAAGUGUGAAAAAGCGCUUGCUUGAAUAUAAUAAGAUGAGGGAAUCAAAAUGCUUGCUAGAAGGAAGGAGUGAAAUUUCUUGGCUAAGGCCCCAGAAAAAACAUUUUCCUCAAAGUAAUCGGGCUUCAGUAGAGAACUACAAAGAAGAAAAACAGGAGGUUGACAGUGGCAGGACAUCCUGGAUAAAAAUUACUCCUCCUCCUAAAGAAAAAAGGCAUUUUCCUGAAAAAAACAAUGCUAUUUUUGGAUGAGGUCUCAUUAGAAGCAGUUUUUCUGCUGAAGUACUGAAGUUGUGUGCAUUUUGCCUAAUAGAAAAAACAACUGUAUUGUCUGUGUGUACACAUGUACACAUACAUACACAAAUAUUCAUUCUUGAGAAUGAACUUCGCUACACGAUUAUGGUUAAUUUUUAAAAUGGAUUUGUAUGGAUUAUACAAAAUAAAACAGUAUGCUGAAAUAAA